ACGGAGCUGCAAACUCAGUCCUGCUCUGCUGUACAGGGUGCAGGGCAGAGGGAGAGCCAAUCACCGAAACGCACAGGCUCCCUUUAAGCCUGACAUAUCUUCAACAGGAACAAAUUGUCCCAACAAUCAACAUCCCAAUCUGCUGCGCGCAUCAGGAGGUUGGAGAGGAGUGGACACAAACAGGCCUGUGCUGCGCGGACGGACUGCGCCGGAUUGCACCGCGAGAAGAAGCUUCAAAACACCUUUUCAGACCAUAAAUCACUUUGGAUAUCAAGGUUUUGUCGCUGGAGGAGUGAACGCGGACAUCAUGUCAAUAUUACCGUCCUUCGGGUUUACGCAGGAGCAAGUGGCGUGCGUUUGCGAGGUGCUGCAGCAAGGAGGAAAUCUGGAGAGGCUCGGCCGCUUCCUGUGGUCUUUGCCCGCCUGCGAUCACCUCCACAAAAACGAAAGCGUCCUGAAAGCCAAGGCGGUAGUCGCUUUUCAUCGGGGGAACUUUAGAGAGCUUUACAAAAUCCUGGAGAGCCACCAGUUUUCUCCGCACAACCACCCGAAGCUGCAGCAGCUGUGGCUGAAGGCGCACUACGUGGAGGCGGAGAAGCUGCGCGGACGGCCGCUCGGUGCCGUGGGGAAGUACCGGGUGCGGAGGAAAUUCCCGCUGCCCCGCACGAUCUGGGACGGUGAGGAGACCAGCUACUGCUUUAAGGAGAAGUCCAGGGGAGUCCUGAGAGAGUGGUACACGCACAACCCCUAUCCAUCCCCGCGGGAGAAGAGGGAGCUGGCGGAGGCCACGGGACUGACCACCACGCAGGUCAGCAACUGGUUCAAAAACAGACGGCAGAGGGACAGAGCCGCAGAGGCCAAGGAGAGAGAGAACAGCGAAAACAACAACGCAGGCGGCAACAAACAGAACCAGCUCUCCCCUCUGGAUGGAGGAAAGUCUCUCAUGUCCAGUUCGGAGGACGAGUUUUCUCCACCCCAAAGUCCCGACCAGAACUCAGCGCUUUUGCUUCAGGGCAACAUGAGCCACCCUGGGGCCUCUUCUUACCCUAUGUCCGGCCUGGGGGGCCCUCAGCCGGUGCACGGCAUGCACGGACACCCACACCAGCUGCAGGACUCCUUGUUGGGACCUCUAACCUCCAGUCUUGUGGAUUUGGGCUCCUAAAGAAGCUGAUUAUUAUAUUUUACCAAACCAGAAAAAAGAGAACUGAUUAUUGUAUCAGAUUGAACACGUGUAUGAAACAUUGUAGUCUCCUUAUUAUAUAUAGACUGACUUAUCUGUCGUUAAAAAUUGGUUAGAACUAAUAAUGCGCUUAAUCCAAAUGCAGCCCUUCGUUUCUGCAAAACUAAAAACACAAACUGUGAUGAGACUCCAUGGAAACAGGAUUACACUUUGCUUUAUUUAUGAGAUUUUGUUAAAACAAACACUAAAAUAUAGAAACCUCCUGCGAUGGAAACUAAUAAAUAACGUUUUCAUUAGAGUCAUGGUAAUUAGUUUCCAAUAAAACUAAAGUAACGCGUU